AAUUGACAGUUGUUAGUUUCUUUUCAAAAUAAAAUCACUUUGUGGGUCGUUUGAGUUUAUCAAAGAUGGAAGUGGAGAACGUGCGUGUGGAAAGCAGUUACGGGAAGUGGGAGAGAAUUCAGAAAGACUUCAGUACGUGUGAUUUCAUGGGUUGGGUUAAUAAAACAAGGCAGUUAAAAUCUAUCAACACCCUUUUUCUCCUCUCUUAUCAGUUUCUCUGGCAAAGGUAAUUUCUCUCUCAAUUCUCAUGCAAUUGAUGGGUUAGUAAUUUUUAGAGCAAUGUGUUCUAGCACAAGAUUCUUGCUCCAAAUCGCCAUCGCAACCAUCAUCAUCGCCACAUGCAACGCUAUCGACCACAUAGUAGGGAACUCAGUAUGGUCAAUUCCUCCGAGCAAUGAUUUCUACAGCAACUGGUCUGACAAUAAAACCUUUUAUGUCGGCGACACCUUAGUGUUCAGGUUCGAUACAGGGCUAUCGGAUGUGACUCAGGUUUCAAGGACAGAGUUUGAGAACUGCACUGCUGAGAAUGUUUUCAGGAGGAUAUUGAUAGGGCCAGCUGAAGUUUCUCUAAUUGAGCAAGGGGUGUACUAUUUUAUCUGUAGCUUUGGGAAUUACUGCAGGCUUGGGCAGAAGCUUUCAGUUCCUGUUCAGUUUCCACCAGAAUAAGAUGCAAUGCAAUCAAAGCUCAUGUUUCUCUCUGUUUGAAUUCUUUUGCUUGUGAAAUAAUACAUUUUUGGGGUAUUUAUCUCCAAUUUCUAAAUACAUUGGCGCAUUUAUUA